AUGGCAGACAAUCCGGAGCUCGAAUCAUUUCGCCGCCAGUGGCGCGAGGAGGUUGCUGGUCGAUCUAAACCUAGAAAUGCCCCUCAUUAUGUGGCCCCAGACCCGCAGCCUGCUCGAUUCCCACCGACUCAGCAUGAAGCUUCUCACCGCAAGGACCUUGAAGAAGAGGGGGCCCCGCCGGCAUCUUUUGAUCCCGAGGAACUUGCCCAGGAAGUUGGGCAGCUGAGUGUGGAACCGGAGAGACAACACGAGGAAGAUGGAUUCACUCGAACGGAUCACCAUGAGCCCAGCUCAGCCCUAGAGCAUUUCGAGCGGGCAGUCGAAAAAGAAGCCGCAGGAAACCUUGGUGAUAGUUUACAGCACUAUCGGAAAGCGUAUCGGCUCGAUGCAAGCGUCGACAAAACUUAUAGAAACAAGCAUUUUGCCCACGCGUGGAAAAGGCCAGCACAGCCCGCACAGUCAACUCCGAGCGAUCCUGAACCCGUAUCUGCAACAGCCCCGGUCUCUACUGAAGACGCAUUACAUAUUCCCACGUCAGAGUUGAUUGCAUCGUUCGCUCAGCUCCAUAUCCCCCCAGCAGAGCCGCUCAUUGAGAAUACGCCCCCGCCCCCUUGUCCUAUUUCGAAUCUGCCGUCUGAGGUGAUAGUAGAGAUCUUGCGGUAUGUCGGUUUACAAGACCCGGCUACCUUCGGCCGAAUGAGCUUAGUUUGCAAACGAAUGGCAUACCACUUCUCCCACGAACAACAUAUCUGGAGACGAAUCUGCCAAAAUCCAGAGUUUGGAUUCGCUGGAAUGCACUACACCUUUGCUUGUGACCUGCAUGGUUAUCCAAUUUACACCCUUGAUGGAACAAGAUAUACACCGUUUCCCAAAGGAGUCUCUUUGGAAAUUCCCAAGCCUCUCUCUUCGUGGACUCAAGUCUUUCAAUCCUAUCCGCGUAUUCGGUUUACCGGAAUCUACAUAAGCACAGUCAACUACACAAGGCCCGGUGCUCAGUCAACACAUCAAACUGUGUCUUGGAAUACUCCCAUUCAUAUUGUGACAUAUUAUCGAUAUCUUCGAUUUUACCCCGAUGGUUCUUUGGUUUCUUUACUCUCGACUACUGAGCCCGUCGAUGUCGUGCCACACAUCAGUAAAGAGAAUCUGAUGAUAGCCCGCGCUACCUACCCUAAACAGCACCACCGCCGAUUGUCUGACCAAGGCCAAACACUGUCUGGGACUACUGAUCAUGUGCCUCAAGUGGCGCUCAACGCGCUAAAAGAAGGCCAUCGUGGACGCUGGCGCUUGACUCCCCCAGUUCCUCUGCCUGAGAAUACCCCCGAGGAUCAGAUUGCUGCCACAGGUCCUAACCAGACUGAAGAAUCCUUAGAUCCACGUGAUCUUGUUAUAGAAACGGAGGGCGUUAGUUCGAAAUACGUUCAUCUCAUGCACUUGGCCUUGCGAUCUCCGUCCGCAUCCAAAUCUCAAGUGACCCAUUCCAAGAACACCAAAUUGGUCUGGCGGGGGUUCUGGAGCUAUAAUAAGCUGACAGACGACUGGGGAGAGUUUGGCCUUCGCAAUGACCGCGUAUUUGUCUUCCGUCGUGUGAGGGGCUGGGGUAUCUAG